UAAACAUGGCAGAACCCCAAAUUCACAGAGUAUAAACUACAUACAUGAGGCGUAGCCGUAGCAUGUUUUCAGUUCAUGAAAGCUAACGUUAACUGUAACAUUUCGGUGGCCUGAAAAAGUUUUGUUCAGCGUUUGGUCGUACCGAAAGACCCACUAAGGAGUCGGAUGUUCAGUUUUUUCCCCGAUCACAGACAUCUGAAACCCAGCGAAAGGUCAAGCAGAGAUUGUUGAAUGGCUCAAGGAACCAUUCAGUUGCUGCCUGUAUGGUCUGUGAGGAAAGCAGCAAUAACAGUUUGUCCUCUGCAAUGUUUGGAGCCUUAUUCACAUGGAUUCCACCUUCAGCUUCAUUGUAAGACUGGCAGACGUCAGAAAAACAAGCGACGGCAAACAUCUCUUCGGAGGAGCAGAGGGGAGAAGAGAAGUGAAGCUGCUCCUGUGGAGUACAAUUACCUCGAAACUGCUGCUUUACCGCCUUGACCUGUUGAGGAUUUUACCUAAAACUGCUUUCAGCCUCCCUCAGUCUGAGGCUAUGAGAGGGAGAGAGGAGUCCCAGGCCGCACCAUCAUGCUACUUCUGAGACGCGGGGAUGAGACUUUGGCUGGCAAAACACAAGGUAUUACUCUCCCACUCCUCCACCAUGCCUGUCUGCGGCUGUCGCAGCCCCUCCCCCCCUCACGGCCACGCUGGGGCCUCCUCCUCCGCCCCCUCGGUCGCCCAGGAGCAAGAGAUGCGAGUACGACCCCGACAUCCACCCCCGCCUCCGUCCCUCCACCGCCGCACCAGCGCCUCUCUCUGCCUCUCCUUCCUGCUGCUGCUGCUCUGCCUUCUCCACUUGCCCCCGGCCUGCCACUCAAGGAGAGAAAAGGGAGGGGGAGGGGGCGGCGGCGGUGGCGGCGGUGGCGGUCACUACAUCCCGAUCCCUCAGCCCCCUCCCCACCACAUGGCCCUGCCCAACAUCCUGCGCGGCCUCAGCAUCGCCGUUGUCCUCGUGGGCAACUUCAGCGAGGUGGCGCUGGCCGGGGCCCGGGAGAAGGAGGACUUCCUCCACAUGGCGCCCAACGUGGAGGUGCUGACCAUGAAUGAGACGGACCCUAAAAGCAUCAUCAAAAGCAUCUGUGACCUAAUGACGGAGCACUGGCUGCAGGGUGUGGUGUUUGGGGAUGACACCGACCAGGAGGCCAUCGCCCAGAUCCUGGACUUCAUUUCAGCCCAGACCCAUAUCCCCAUCCUGGGAGUUCGCGGAGGCUCCUCCAUGAUCAUGGCUGCCAAGAGAGAGAACGAUCGAGAGGAAGAGGGAGGGAGAGAGAGAGAGAGAGAGAGAAAGAGGUAG